AUGGGCCGACGGAAAGCACUCCUAAUCGGAAUCAACUACAUCGGCUCCCAACACCAGUUACAAGGCUGCAUUGACGAUGUAGCCAACAUGACCGAGUUCCUGAUAUCACGGGGCUACCCGCGUCAGACUGGUAGUAUGGUCCAACUAACCGACAGCCCCUACAACCCACCCAAUUCGCCAUUCUAUCCGUCCGCACACAACAUCAUGGCUGCGAUGGAUUGGCUGGUCUCCGAGCCCGGAUGUAUGUGUUUUCUCCACUACUCUGGGCACGGGGGCCAGGUGCCUGGAGAUCGGGAGACCGGGUUCGAUGAUACGAUUGUACCUGUGGAUUUCGAGCGGAAUGGCAUGAUCGACAGUGGGACGUUGCAUAGGCAUCUCGUCAGCGCCCUGCCGCCAAACUCGACUGGCUCGGCUGUGGAAUUACCGUUUGUCUACCGUACUGACGAGGACGGAAAUGUGAAUCUCCUGGACAAUCUGCGUAUGGGAGCGGCGUUGAUUGGUGAGGCCUCUCAUCUCAUCCAGGGCGACUUUUCAGUCUCCAGUUCGGGCGAAGCUCGCCAUCUCUUGGCCGGCGCGACGUCCUUCUUCCGCAGUUUGAAGCACGAGAUGAAUGGCGACAAUGAAGAAGGACUACAGCAGAUCGACGAUUUUGGAAACGACUGGUCCCAGGAAGGAAAAUCUGUCUUUAUGUUCUCGGGCUGUAAGGAUGAACAGACCAGUGCUGAUGCUUUUAUCAAUGGAAGACAUGUUGGUGCCAUGUCUUGGGCUUUCCUCGAGACGAUGAAACGUGAUUUCAAUUGGAACGUCAGUUAUAUACAGCUACUACAGAACACGCGGGCACUGCUGCAAGGGAGGUACUCCCAGAUACCACAGUUGUCUUCCGGCUUCCAGUUCGAUCUAAACAGUCCGUUCCGAAUAUGA